GACAAAUAUACAGGAGUAACUUUCUUGAUUCUUCUCGUAAGGAUAUUGGAUAUUUCAGCUGACCUACAGAAAGUGUGGGUCUUUCGUUUGUAGGUCAUUCCUAAGGUGAUGUCGGAUCCUGAUGUCAAAAAGGCUAUUGAAGCACACAGACAAAAAACUGUUGCUGCUAACCAACACAUUAGCUUGCUAAAUGCCCAAAUAGAGUCUCUUAACAUCAAAUUUAAACGAUCUGAAAUAAUUGAAAGUGAACUAGUUAGAUUACCUGAAGAUGUAACUACAUACAAAGCUUGCGGAAAAAUGUUUGUUAAAAAGCCGAUGGGGGAUAUAAUUGAAGACAUAAAGAAGGAAAGGACCCGAAUCACGGAAAAUAUUGAAACCACGAAGAAGACUAGAGAUACAGUUUCAAAUGGAUUAAAUGAGUCUAAAGAGGCUUUGCGUGAACUUCUAAAUUCAAAACAGACCUAGAUGAGCUCGCAAGGAAUUUUAACUUGUAAUUGUGAUUGUAUAGUUGAAAAUAUACCUGCUGUUAUUGCGAAUUACAAAAAUGCCUGCUAGAUUUUAUUUUAG